GGAAGGGGGUUACAUGAGUGUGGGGCGUCUCGGGUAUAAAGGCAGGGAGAACGAGUUGGCUCCACACCAUCGUCACAAUGAAGCUGCUGGUGCUGUGUGCUCUGGGCGCUCUCUGCCUCGUGCCUGGCGGAUCGUGCGAUCAUGUAAGUGCAGCGCAGAUGCAGCGAGAUGUCAACAACGCCUUGUGGAAGAUUUAUGAGGAUAUCCGCGAUCCUCAUCUGAAGGAGCUUUCCGAGACCUUCGAUCCUCUUUCCGGACACUAUGACGACGAUGGUGUCUCGGCAAAGAAACUUAUGCAGGAGUACAACGACAAACGCCUUCUGGAGCAGAAGCACUGGUUCUCGCUCUUCAACACCCGCCAGCGGCAGGAGGCUCUCAUGCUCUACGACGUGCUCGAACACUCCACAGACUGGGAAACCUUCUCUGGCAAUGCUGCCUUCUUCCGUGCUCGCAUGAACGAGGGCGAGUUUGUCUACGCCCUUUAUGCUGCCAUCAUACACUCUCCUCUGACAAAACACGUGGUGCUGCCGCCUCUCUAUGAGGUUACUCCUCACCUUUUCACCAACAGCGAGGUCAUUCAAGCAGCAUACAAGGCAAAGAUGACAGAGACACGCACCAGGAUUGAGUCCCACUUUACCGGCAGCAAGAGAAAUCCGGAGCAGCGCGUGGCCUACUUCGGCGAGGACAUCGGCAUGAACACUCACCACGUCACGUGGCAUUUGGAAUUCCCCUUCUGGUGGGACGAUGCCCAUGAGAACCACCACAUUGACCGCAAGGGCGAGAGCUUCUUCUGGGUCCAUCAUCAGCUCACUGUUCGCUUCGACGCCGAGCGUCUCUCCAACCAUUUGGAACAUGUUGAUGAACUCCACUGGGACGACAUGAUCCACGAGGGCUUCGAUCCCCAGGCAAUGUACAAGUAUGGCGGGUACUUCCCCUCACGACCAGACAAUGUCCACUUCGAGGACGUGGACGGCGUUGCUGAUGUUCGCGACAUGCUGCUUUUUGAGGAUCGCAUUCGUGACGCUAUUGCUCAUGGCUACAUCCGAGACCACCACGGCAAGAUCAUUGACCUGAGGGAUGAUCACGGCAUCGACAUCCUUGGUGAUGUGAUUGAGUCUUCCCUGUACAGCCCCAACCCUGAGUACUACGGUUCCCUGCACAACACAGCACAUAUGAUGCUCGGCCGCCAGGGUGACCCUCACGGCAAGUUUGCCCUCCCUCCCGGUGUCCUGGAGCACUUCGAGACUGCUACACGCGACCCUGCUUUCUUCCGCCUCCACAAGUACAUGGAUAACAUCUUCAGAGAACACAAGGACAGCCUUCCUCCCUACACCCAGCAGGAACUCGAAUUUGAAGGCAUUAACAUUGACAACUUCUAUGUUAAGGGAAAUUUGGAGACUUACUUUGAAGACUUUGAGUACAGCCUUGUGAAUGCUGUUGACGAUACAGAAAAUGGCAAUGACGUGGAGAUCACCACAUAUAUCCCACGUUUGAACCACAAGGAGUUUUCAUUCGUUGCUGAUGUCACUAAUGAGAAGGACCAUGAUGUUCUUGCCACUGUACGCAUCUUCGCCUGGCCUCAUGAAGACAACAAUGGUGUGCCGUUCUCUUUCGAUGAUGGUCGCUGGAACGCCAUCGAAAUGGACAAAUUCUGGGUUAUGUUGCACCCCGGCCACAACCACCUUGAUCGCUCUUCCUCUGACUCCUCUGUGACUGUCCCUGAUGUGCCCAGCUUCGAGUUUAUUAAGGACAGGACCGAUGAAGCGAUUAAGCAUGGCCAUGCACUGCACCUCGAAGAAUUUGAAAGCAGUCUUGGGCUACCAAACAGGUUCCUUAUUCCUAAGGGCCAUAAGGGUGGCCUGGAUAUGGAUCUAGUCAUUGCCAUCACCGAUGGAGAGGCCGAUGCUGGCGCUGAAGGCUUGCAUGAAAACACUUUGUUCAACCACUAUGGCUGUGCUGACGGUACUUAUCCUGACAAGAGGCCCCACGGUUACCCGUUGGAUCGCCACGUGGAGGAUUCCCGCAUGUUCGAGGAGUUGCACAACUUCAAGCACAUUCAAGUCAAGAUCUUCCAUCAAGAAUAGGGAGGCAUAUUCAACCAGUGGGUCGCCCUUGAGUCUCUUUAACCUCAUGCUGAAGACAGUACCACGUGAAAUGCUGAGGACACUUGAAAUUCCUUCUCUUCACCCUUACCACACACACAGUAUACUGGUAAACCUUUACAAACAAACUUUUCUUUUUUCUCCGCAAAUCACAAUCUCAUAGCAUGAAUUUACAGCCUUUUGAUAGUUUAAACUCUGACAAUACAUUGAACUGAUAGUAACACUCAUUACUAAAGUAAUCCUGAUGUUAUAAACAAUCAUGGCGGCGCACACACACACACACACACACACACACACACACACACACACACACACACACACACACACACACACACACACACACACGUUAUGAUGGUCUUUAAAAAUAAAGAAACAUUUUCACCGAUAACGUGCUUUACUUUCUUUAUAUUAAAUAAAAGAUAUGUAAGGUC